GCGCCGCGCCGGCGGGGACCCCGCUCUUCUCCCGCUUCGCUAGAGCAGGACCGGCGCCUGCUAACUCCCGUGCCGGGGCCGCCGGUUUCGGGGUGCCUUGGCCAGCAGGAGGAAGCUCCGCUUGUAACUGUUAAAAAGUGUGUGCCCGAAAGGACUCUCAGCUCACCGCGGGACGCAGGGACAGAGCGCGCCCCACCUCAGGAGCGGGAGGCUGCGUGACUCUGUCGGAGAGCCUCCCUGCCUCCCGCCAGACUGUGCGAUGGGAGAACUCUGCGCAAGAUACAAAACUUUGGGGAGUCUGUCGGCAGCCUGCAAAUGCAGAGGGGGCUGGAGUGGAGCGCGGGGGGCGGGUGCCUGAGCCGUGGGAGCUGCUGCGGAUUUUGAAAGUUCUCCGAGUCCAAAGGGCUGUUGAGGGUUUCUGCACUGCCAGAGGCUGGAGCUCUUGGGAGAGAACUCGCGCCCGCCUAGUGAAGAGAGGACUUUGUGUCCACGCAGAACAUGGAACCACGCGCCACGCUGGCUGAAGUUCCACACGCCAGCCUGAAGCCUCCGAGUUUUGCCAGACAGAAAGUUCCACACAGAUUUGUCGGUGUUAACGCCUCAGACAUCAACUACUCAGCUGGCCGAUACGACCCCUCGGUCAAGCCCCCCUUUGACGUGGGCUUCGAAGGCGUGGGCGAGGUGGUGGCCUUAGGCCUCUCUGCCAGCGCCAGCUACUCUGUGGGCCAGGCAGUGGCCUACAUGGCCCCUGGCGCCUUCGCUGAGUACACAGUUGUGCCUGCCAGGGCUGCCACGCCGGUGCCCGCAGCGCAGCCCGAGUACCUUGCCCUGCUGAUAAGUGGCACCACGGCCUACAUCAGCCUGAACGAGCUGGCAGCCCUGUCGGAAGGCAAGAAGGUUUUGGUGACCGCAGCCGCGGGGGGCACCGGCCAGUUUGCCGUGCAGCUGGCCAAGAAGGCCAAGUGCCACGUCAUCGGGACCUGCUCCUCGGAGGGCAAGGCGGCUUUUCUGAGAACCCUGGGCUGCGACCGCCCCAUCAACUAUAACACCGAGCCCGUGGACGCUGUCCUGAAGCGCGAGUACCCCCAAGGUGUGGAUGUGGUGUAUGAGUCUGUGGGGGGCGCCAUGUUUGACUUGGCGGUGGACGCCCUGGCCACCCAUGGGCGCCUCAUCGUCAUCGGCUUUAUCUCUGGCUACCAGACCCCUGCGGGCCUUGCUCCGGUGAAGGCUGGGGCCCUGCCAGCCAAGCUGCUGAAGAAGUCAGCCAGUGUCCAGGGCUUCUUCUUGAACCAUUACCUCUCUAAGUACCAGGCAGCCAUGGAGCACUUGCUGCAGAUGUGUGCACGGGGAGAGCUGGCCUGUGAGGUGGACCUUGGACAUGCAUCUGCCCAGGGCAGGUUUGCAGGCCUGGAGUCCGUCUUCCGGGCUGUCGAUUACAUGUACAUGGGAAAAAACACUGGAAAAAUCGUAGUUGAAUUACCUCAUUCUGUCAACAGCAAGCUGUAAAAACAGAACAAUGACAUAAAUCAAAGGAGAAAGAGAAUAGGCACUUUAUGCCUCAGAAUUACUCAAAUCCAUUUAUUUUUAGUUGCUAAUGGGUAUAAUAUUUCUUAAAACAAAAGUAAAGUGUUAAUGAAUAGGUUUCUCUCUUUCUUUCCUUUUUUUUUUUUUUUUUUUUUGUUGUUGUUGUUAUUUGGCCUUUUUCCCUGAAAAACAACGUGCUAAUAAAAUUCCCUCCACAGCUCGAGGUAGGACCUUCACAUUCAAUGGUUCAGUCAUGGACAGUCUCCUUCCAGAUUUUAUUGUUCUAGGAAACCAAAUUAAUUCCUUAUGCAAGAUCUGAUCAAAUCAGUAUGUCUUCAGCUGGAUGAGAUUUUAAAAUAGGUCUUGAAAACAGUUCACAAAUUCUUUGUUUGGGGAGAGUCUGGUCCUAUGCUAAUAAGUAGUUGAUAAAUGAGAGAUACAGCAAAAGUCACCAUGUUCAGAGAUCACAUCCUCCGGACAUCUGAGCUGUCACACCCUUUUUCUAAGUCACUAGCAACUAUCAAAAUAGAAAUUUGGAGAAAUUCCCCCCAGAACCUCGAUUUCAUUGGAUUAUUAGGAAAAUGAUUACGUGAACACAGACCUAUUUCAAAGCCAUAGCUGCUAUUUUGUGACUUUUAUGCACAAUCCUCAUGGCAAAAAAAACUUGCGGAACAGGGCAUUCUUCUCUUCCCAAAGUGUUGAAGGCUUUGAUAAAAAAAAAAGCACAGAUUUGGGGGUGGGGG